CCUCACUUGUAAUUGAAUAUUUUUCAUAGGUAAUCAGAAAUAUGUCUUCUUUCUAUAAUACAGUUAAUAAGCUUCUAUUUGGAGUGUUUGUGUGUCUGUUAUGUAUGUUUCUGAUAAGACAGACAUGGGAAGAGAAGAAAGUGAGAGACAUGAUAGAAAACUGAACUCUGAAAUAAAUUAUUCACACCUAGAAAAGAUAUGUAGACAUUCUUGGAUGUGCAUAAGGGGAUCUCAUCAGUAAAAGUCUAUAUCUGAAAACUGCCAUGUGAAAUCUCAUUCAGUCUCUGAUUGUGUGAAUGUAGGUGAGAACUGAAAACAGAAGAAAUAUUCCCAGCACAUGCUGCCAGUCUAAUUGAGAAGCCAUAUGCCUGCAGCCCCUAAGGCAGCAUGAUCCAUCUCAAUAGCACCAUCUUCAGGCCCUCAAUGCUGACUCUGACUGGGAUUCCUGGCUUGGAGUCUGUGCAGUUCUGGAUUGGGAUUCCUUUCUGUGCCAUGUACAUCAUCGCUCUUUUUGGGAAUUCUCUGCUCCUAGUUGUCAUCAAAGUUGAGCGAAGCCUCCAUGAACCCAUGUAUCUCUUCCUAGCAAUGCUUGGAGCAACAGACAUUGCUCUCAGUACUUGCAUCUUACCCAAAAUGCUAGGAAUAUUCUGGUUUCACCUUCCAAACAUAUACUUUGAUGCCUGCCUCUUGCAGAUGUGGCUAAUUCACACGUUCCAGUCAAUUGAAUCAGGCAUUUUGAUUGCCAUGGCAAUGGACAGAUACGUGGCGAUCUGUGAUCCUCUAAGACAUGCAUCGAUUUUUACCCAGAGACUCCUCACUCAGAUAGGAAUAGGAGUCACACUCAGAGGUGCCCUCUUUGUAGCUCCGUGUCUCGUUCUCAUCAAAUGCAGGUUGAAAUUCUACUGGACCACAGUUGUAUCUCAUUCAUACUGUGAGCACAUGGCCAUCGUAAAGCUGGCAGCAGAAGAUACUCGUGUCAACAAGAUCUACGGUCUCUUUGUGGCUUUCAGUAUACUUGGACUGGACAUAAUUUUCAUCACACUCUCCUACAUUAGAAUAUUUGUAACUGUCUUCAAGCUGCCUCAAAAGGAAGCAAGACUCAAAGCUUUUAACACAUGCAUUGCCCACAUUUGUGUCUUCUUGGAGUUUUAUCUCCUGGCCUUCUUCUCUUUCUUUACACAUCGAUUUGGCUCCCACAUUCCAUCCUACAUUCACAUUCUCCUGUCUAACCUUUAUCUACUUGUUCCACCUUUACUUAAUCCUAUCGUUUAUGGGGUGAAGACCAAACAGAUUCGAGAUCAAGUGUCCAAAAUUUUCUUCUGCAAAUAUCCUUCUUGAUUUUUCACUUAUUUACUUUUGUUUCAAACAGCAAAUCUCAUUCAAAACCCUUUGAUUUUACUUGUGAUUCCUUUCCCACUCCCCAUGUGCGUGUGCGUGUGCAUGUGCGUGUGAGUGAGUGUGUGUGUGUGUGUGUGUGU